GUAAUCCCCUCCAUUCUUCGACACAGCCUGGUGUCUGACAUCAGGAAGUUGGAUUCAGUCUAGACUUCUAGCAAAGCCCAAUGCCAGGAAAUAGGACUCGCUCAACUUGAUUUUCGGACUUGCUCAACUUGUUUUCCAUGUCGUCAGAUACACAGAGGCAUACUGAUGGGAUUGUGUGUGGACAUAUCUGACAACAGUUGAUAAUCACAGAUGAAGGAAACAAGUGCUUGAGGAUCCAAAUGGUACAAACCUCUGAAUGUGUCGAAUUUGAGGAAAAUUAUGCAAGCAAUGUUUUCGUGGUGGUCGCUUGCAAUCCUGCUCUCGAUCCAGAUUUUCGCUUCAGCUUUGGAGUUGGAGAUGCUUGACUAUGAGAGUGAACACUUCACCUGCUCAAAGGUAAUAAACUAAUGAUAAUUAUAACGAGAGGUCAACAAUCAUUGUGUGUGUGUGUGUGUGUGUGUGUGUGUGUGUGUGUGUGUGUGUGUGUGUGUGUGAGUGAGUGUGUGUGUGAGUGAGUGAGAGAAAGAGCAAGAGAGAGAGAGAGAGAGAGAGAGAGAGAGAGAGAGAGAGAGAGAGAGGGAGAGAGGGAGAGAGGGAGAGAGGGAGAGGAGAGGGAGGGAGAGAGGGAGAGAGGGAGGGAGAGAGGGAGAGAGAGAGAGGGAGAGAGAGAGAGGGAGAGAGAGGGAGAGGGGCGGUAAGGAGAUGGACACAGAAACGAGGAAGAGGAAAGCGAGAGAUGGGAGCGGAACAGAGAAAGAAAGUGGAUGUACUGUAUGCCACUAUCUGUUAACAAUCACUUCAGAUUAAAUAGUUUCCUUUUUCCAACUUGCACGUUACUUAUUUAAGUCAUGAUGAUAACUGAUCCCCGAACAGGUGUGUGUGUGUGUGUGUGUGUGUGUGUGUGUGUGUGUGUGUGUGUGUGUGUGUGUGUGUGUGUGUGUGCAUGUGAGUGUGCAUGUGAUUGUGCAUGUGAGUGUGUCUCAGAAGAAAGAAAAGUUGUAUCAACGUCUAAUAUCUUUCUCUAAAUCCCGUGUGGCUCAGUGUGUGUGUCAGUAGUCAUUGUGUAUGUAUAAAUGCAGUAAAGUACUUACCGGUAGUUGUGUAGUGACCUUGUACAGUGCCUUCAGAAAGUAUUCACACCACUUGACUUUUUCCACAUUUUGUUGUGUUGAUUACAUUUUGAUUUUUUUGGCACUGGCCUACACAAAAUACCCCAUAAUGUCAAAGUGCAAUUAUGUUUUUAAUUCUUUUGGACAAUUCAUUAAAAAUGAAAAGCUAAAAUAUCUUGAGUCAAUAGGUAUUUCUUAUGGCAAGCCAAUAUGUAUUCAACCCCUUGGUUAUGGCAUGCCUAAAUAAGUUCAGGAGUAAAAAUUAGCUUAACAAGUCACAUAAUAAAUUGCAUAGACUCACUCUGUGUGCAAUAAUAGUGUUUAACAUGAUUUCUGAAUGACUUCAGCAUGUUAACAGUUCUUACAAAAACAAGUAGUGAUGAAGUCAAUCUCUCCUCCACUUUGAGCCAUGAGAGAUUUUCAUGCAUAUUAUUAAUGUUAGCUCUCCAUGUACAUUUAAGGGCCAGCAGUGCUGCCCUGUUCUGAGCCAGUUGUAAUUUUCCGAGGUCCCUCUUUGUGGCACCUGACAACACGACUGACCAGUAGUUCAGGUGCGACAAAACAAGGGCCUGUAGGACCUGCCUUGUUGAUAGUGUUGUUAAGAAGGUAGAGUAGUGCUUUAUUACAGAUAGACUUUUCAACAUUUUAACUACUGUUGUAUCAACAUGUUUUGACCAUGACAGUUUACAAUCCAGGGUUACUCCAAGCACUUUAGUCACCUCAACUUGCUCAAUUUCCACAUAAUUCAUUGCAAUAUUUAGUUGAGGUUUAGGGUUUAGUGAUUGAUUUGUCCCAAAUACAGUGCUUUUAGUUUCUGAAAUAUUUAGGACUAACUUAUUCCUUGGCACACAUUCUGAAAGUCACCGCAGCUCUUUGUUAAGUGUUACAGUGAAUUCACUCACUGUAGUAGCUGACGUGUAUAGUAUUGACUCAUCCGCAUACAUAGACACACUGGCUUUACUCAAAGCCAGUGGCAUGUCAUUAGUAAAGAUUUAAAAAAGUAAGGUGCCUAGACCGCUGCCCUGGGGAAUUCCUGAUUCUACCUGGAUUAUGUUGGAGCAUGGUGAAGUUAUUAAUUACACUUUGGAUAGUGUAUCAAUACACCCAGUCACAACAAAGAUACAGGCGUCCUUCCUAACUUAGUUGCUGGAGGCCAAUGAUGACUUUGAAACUGUUACAGAGUUUAAUGGCUGUGAUAGGAGAAAACGAACUAACAUUGUAGUUACUCCACAAUACUACUCUGUACAGAAUAAAAAAUAUUCCAAAACAUGUAUCCUGUUUGCAACAAGGCACUAAAUGAAUACUGCAAAAAACUUUUUGUCAGUAACUGAACUUUUUGUCCUGAAUACAAAGUGUUAUGUUUGGGGCAAAUCUAAUACAACACAUUACUGAGUACCACUCUCCAUAUUUUCAACGAUAGUGGUGGCUGCAUCAUGUUAUGGGUAUGGUUGUAAUCGUUAAGGACUGGGGAGUUUUUCAGAAUAAAAAAAUAAAAGGAAUGGAGCUAAGCACAGGCAAAAUCCUAGAGGAAAACCUGGUUCAGUCUGCUUUCCACCAGACACUGGGAGAUUAGUUCACCUUUCAGCAGGGCAAUAACCUAAAACACAAGGCCAAAUCUACACUGAGUUGCUUACCAAGAAGACAGUGAAUGUUCAUGAGUGGCAAAGUUACAGUUUUGACCUAAAUCUACUAUGGCAAGACCUGAAAAUUGUUGCCUAGCAAUGAUCAACAACCAAAGCUUGAAAAGAAUAAUGGGCAAAUUCAGCUGUGGAAAUCUCUUAGAGACUUACCCAGAAAGACUCACAGCUGUAAUCGCUGCCAAAGGUACUUCUACAAAGUAUUGACUCAAGGGCAUGAAUACUAAUGUAAAUGAGAUAUUUCCAUAUUUCACUUUGUCAUUAUGGAGUACUGUGUAUAGAUGAGUGAACAAAAAUAAUAUUUAAUACAUUUUGAAUUCAGGCUGUAACACAACAAAAUGUGGAAUAAGUCAAGGGGUAUGAAUACUUUCUGAAGGCACUGUAUGUAUGGAUGAAUACAGCAUAGUACUUACCAGUAGUUGUGCAGGCCUAGUGACCGUGUAUGUGUGGUUGAAUCAGUGACGUGUGGAGAGGUCAGUGGCUGGGUAGGCACUGGCUCAAAUCAAACCAAAAUGUAUUUGUCACAUGCUUCGUAAACAACAGGUGUAGACUAACAGUGAAAUGCUUACUUAGGGGCCCUUCCCAACAAUGCAAAGGGAAAGAAAAUAGAGAAAUCAUAGAAAAGUAAAAACAAGUAAUCAUAAAAGUAAUAAUAAAUACACAAUGAGUAACGAUAACUUGACUAUACACACGAGGUACCAGGUACCAGUCGAUGUGCAGGGGUACGAGGUAAUUUAGGUACAUAUAACUAGGAAUAAAGUGACUAGGCAACAGGAUAUAUAAUAAAACAGUAGCAGCAGCAUAUGUGAUGAGUCAAAAAAUAUAGUGCAAAAAGGGUCAAUGCAGAUAGUCGGGUUAGCUAUUUGGUUAACUAUUUAACUAAUUGUUUAGCAGUCUUAUGGCUUGGGGGUAGAAGCUGUUCAGGGUCCUAUUGGUUCCAUACUUGGUGCAUUGGUACUGCUUGCCUUGCGGUAGCAGAAAGAACAGACUAUGACUUCGGUGGCUGGAAUCUUUUACAAUUUUUAGGGCCUUCCUCUGACCCAGCCUGGUAUAGAGGCCCUGGAUGGCAAGGUGAUGUACUGGGCCGUAAGCAUUACCCUCUUUAACACCUUGUGGUUGGAUACAAGCAGUUGCCAUACAAAUCGGUGAUGCAGCCAGUCAAGAUGCUCUCAGUGGUGCAGCUGUAUAAUUAUUUGAGGAUCUGAGGGCGCUGUCGUGCCCUCAUCACGACUGUGUUGGUGUGUGUGGACCAUGAUAUAUGCUUAGGGAUGUGUACACCAAGGAACUUGAAGCUCUUGACCCCGCUCUACUACAGCCCCGUCGAUGUGAAUGGGGGCGUGCUGUCUUGCUGACACUGAGGGAGAGGUUGUUUUCCUGGCACCACACUGCCAGGUCUCUGACCUUCUCCCUAUAGGCUGUCUCAUCGUCAUCGGUGAUCAGGCCUACCUCAGCAAACUUAAUGAUGGUGUUGGCGUUGUGCACGGCCACGCAGUCGUGGCUGAAGAGGGGACUAAGCACGCACCCCUGAUGGGCCCCGUGUUGUGGGUCAGCAUGGAGGAACUGGAGGAAGUCCAGGAUCCAGUUGCAGAGGGAGGUGUUCAGUCCCAGGGUCCUUAGUUGAUGAGCUUGGAGGGUACUAUGGUGUUGAACGCUGAGCUGUAGUCAAUUAACAGCAUUCUCACAUAGGUGAUCCUCUUGUCCAGGUGGGAGAGGGCAGUGUGGAGUGCAAUAUAGAUUCCGUCAUCUGUGGAUCUGUUCAGGAGGUAUGUGAAUUGGAGUGGGUCAUAUGGGAUGAUGGUGUUGAUAUGAGCCAUGACCAGCCUUUCAAAGCAUUUCAUGGCUACAGAUGUGAGUGCUAUGGGGUGAUAGUAAUUUAGACAGGUUACCUUGGCGUUCUUGGGCACAGGGACUAUGGUGAUCUGCUUGAAACAUGUAGCUAUUACAGACUGUGUCAGGGAGAGGUUGAAAAUGUCAGUGAAGACACUUGCCUGCUGGUCAGCACAUGAACUGAGUACGCGUCCUGGUAAUUCAUCUGGCCCUGCGGCCUUGUGAAUGUUAACCUGUUUAAAGGUCUUACUCAAAUCGGCUACAGAGAGCGUGAUCACACAGUCGUCCAGAACAGCUGGUAAUCUCAUGUCUGGUUCAGUGUUGCUUGCGAGCAUAGAAGGCAUUUAACUUUUCUGGUAGGCUCGCGUCACUGGGCAGCUCAUGGCUGGGUUUCCCUUUCUAAUCCAUUAUAGUUUGCAAGCCCUCCCACAUCCGGUGAGCGUCAGAGCCUGCGUAGUAGGAUUUGAUCUUAGUCCUGUAUUGACGCUUUGCCUGUCUGAUGGCUCGUUAUCAAUGGCAGAUUUACUUACAAGAAUCACAUUGAUGAAGCCCAAGCUUACCAUACAACAGAUAGCUCCAACAACCAGAGUGACAAAGGCUAUUAACCAAAAUUAAGAAAAAUAAUUAACCAUAUGUAAACACAGAUGAUACACAAGCGAUAGUCUCCGAUGGCCGCACAUUUCAUAUCAUCCGAUAAAAUCACACAGCUCAACUCUAACAGUCAUUCACAACCGAUAGGUGGCACUAAAGACCAAUAUAUGGACAAUAUAAGAAGCUGUUUAGCUUGCUAGCCUACACAGUUUUAAUAAACAAACAAGCUAGAUAGCACAUUAUCUUGUUCAACUGUUAAUUAAGUAGCUAGCAAGCUACACAUUAUGCUAAAUAACAGUCAGACAUACAAUGUAUUCUACAGUGGCACUUGCGUUGCUGCGUGCAGAAUGCAAAUGGUGCCAGGGGCUGAAAUAUUAGAGCACACUUCUGGGGUGAUUUUCUCUUAACAACUAAUCAUAGUUUUGACAGUUGAUACACACAUUUGAUAUCAUUAUGAAGCUUGAAAUCUUCUCUUUUCUACAGUAUAUAUAGCUUAAAUGUAUGUCGUGGUCCAUGCGACUGAUAAUCAUGGAGCAAGUUACAUAUGUUUUACGCAUUUGUAAUAAACCAGUUAUUCUCAUGUUCAUUCAUGGCCUGCUAAUUGCAAAGGAAAAUGCUAAAGGCUUACCUUCACUUGUAAAUUAAAUCCAUUAAUCUAUCCUUUUGGAUGAAUGGAACUUUUUUGAAGUGCAUAAUAUCCGUUUUGUUAGGUUAUUUUUUAUGCUAGCUAGUUAACUUCAUUAAUGUUAGAUGACACUCAGGGGAUGCCAGUGCCAAACUAUGUAAACACGACCAUAAGAACUGCAUAUCCACAGAGAGGAAGAGGUGAGUAUCUCUGAUAUCCCAAAACAUUUUUAAGGCAAUACGCAUGUACAAACUAUGAAAUCCGCUCAAUGAAAUGAAUGUAGCUAGCGCAAUAGGGAUUAUGCAGUGUUUGCCCAGUCCAUCAACAGUGACUGGAGUCAGGAAUGCGAUUUGAAUGCAUUUCAAUGAAGGGGAAGGUAGGCACUGCAUUCGACAAUCGGUGAUGCAUACCCUGGUGCCUCUCCUGAGUUUCUUUUAAUGCAGUUUUAGCAAAUGUUGGUAUUUUCAACAUACAAACCACCAGAAUCAUUGAGAAAAAACAUUCAAUAUUUUUGUUGUUGUUGUGAAAAUCUAUUUUUUAUUAUAUUUUUUAUUUGGCUUUUCAUAACAGUUAUUUUGAUUAGAUUAUCACAGGGUAGGCACUGGCUAACCUGCCUACCCUGACUGCACGUCACUGGGUUGAACACAGUAAGGUACUCACCGGUAGGUGUGUAGUCAUUGUGUAUGAAUGGAUGAAUAGAGUAUAGUACUUGCAUACAAUAACGGUAGUUGUGUAGUGACUGUUUACCUUGUCUCUCAUCAGAGUCUCUCUAACUGCACAGUGAAGGCAGGUGCUAUGGUUCUGAACCCAGAGUGUCCUGUCGAUCACAGGGGUCUGGAGGUGCAGCCGGUGCUGUGCUGCAGACAGGGCACAGCAUGCAGACCCUGCCUACACAUUCGCCUUGACAUCCAGCCCAGAAAGCACCAGACAGGUGUAUGAAUACUCUAAACCCCCUUUUUUCAAUUUUAACCUCUGCUGUUAAAAUGUUAAAAGAGAACAUUUUGGUAGAGUGCACCCUUAUUAGCUUCUAAUGCAUGGUUUAUUGCAAAUACUCUCAUCUUGUGUCAGUAAGUCAUGCCAUCCUCACUCCUGCGGCCUAAUGUGUUCUCUGUGUGUUUCAGCAUCAUAUGUGAGUGUAUGUUACAACGUACCAGAGCUAGAAAUGGAUAUGUGCAAGAAGCUGGAGUUCACAGUGAUCCCUGCUGCUCUGGAUGGGCAAGCUACAUCCGAGGUAUAUUCCAUCUAAAUGUACAUGUGUGCAUCUGAAUGUGUGUGUGCGUGUGCGUGCAUGUGUAUGUGCGUGCUUCCAUGCUCAGUUGGUAGAGCAUGGCGCUUGCAACGUCAGGGUUGUGGGUUCGAUUCCCACGGGGGGCCAGUAUGAAAAAUGUAUGCACUCACUAACUGUAAGUCGCUCUGGAUAAGAGCGUCUGCUAAAUGACAAAAAUGUGUGUGUGUGUGUGUGUGUGUAUGUGUGUGUGAUUCAUGUCCAUGUUCAUCUACACCCAGCAGGUAUGGCUGUCACUGCUGCUGAAAGAUAAUGCUGUGUCCUUCAACAGUCAGGUGACUGUGUAUGUUUGCUCCCAUCACUCUAAAGUGGUGCUUCCCUCAGUGGAUGAAGGUAUUGCAAUUCCCAUAGUGAUCAAACAGCUUAUAUCAUUGCUUUGACUGUCAAUACAUAUUUGUUAGUAAUUGAUCAUCUGAAAUGUUGAAAUCUGAUAGUUAUUUGUUCUCUCUGCCCUUAGUGUGCUCAUCCGCUGCACAGGGGGUUGUAGAAGAGUGUGACGGUGAGUUACAUGCACUAUGUUCUAUGUUUGUUUGUUUCUAUGGUUCCCAUGUUGUUAUUACCAUAUAAAUAGAAUUACUAGAAUGGGUAUCCAAAUUCAGGAGUGUAUCCACAGGAGUUAAGCAAGAAGUAAAAACAGGAAGUCCUGUACAGCAUUCAAUCUGGUUCUAUUUAUAUUCAGCUAAUUCUAAUUCUAUUGUUAUUACAUCUCCUGAGUCCUGUGUGCAGAUAUAUUGGUCUCACUUUAAUGUUUCUCACUGUAAUAUUGGUCUUACUGUAAUGGAUAGUCCUCUAUAGAUGCUUAACCCUUAAGCAUCUAAGGCCUGUCUAAGCCAGGGGAGGGGUUCUACUAAGCUAUAUGGAAUUGUUUUAAGAAGGUCAUAUCAAGGAUCAUUUAACUUUGAUUUUGAAUUUUAAGACCCCUUGAAGUAUAAAAAAUAUAUAUAUUACACAAUGAUUUGAUUAAAAAUUAUUUUGGGCCUUACUGCUAUUAGCCCAUACAAACACAUUGAAUUUUUACAUUUACAUGUUUAGUCAUUUAGCAGACGCUCUUAUCCAAAGCGACUUACAGUUAGUGAGUACAUACAUUUUCUUCAUACUGCAUAACAGAUUCACUAAAUGGAACAACAGAUAGUCCCCCUGUUUUUUUUACAUGUAUUUAACCGCUUAUUUUUGACACUCGAUGUACCAUAAGUCAUGGCCAUAAAUAUUGGCACCCUUAAACUUUAUUCAAGUAACUCAAAAUUUUCCCUAAAAAUACAUUGAAAUUUACCAAAGUAUUUGGUCUCCACAAUUAUUUAUUUCACUGUUAAUAUUACAGACCAUUAGUUUUUUAUUCAGAACAUAAUAUAUCCAUUUAAAUCAGAAAAUAAACAGAAAUGGCAUUGACAAAAUUAUUGACACCCUAGACUUAAUAUUUGGUAGCACAGCCUUUGGUCAAAAGAACUGCAAUCAAGCGCUUCCUAUAGCCAUCGAUGAGCUUCCUGCACCUCUGUACUAGCAGUUUGGCCCACUCCUCUUGUGCAAACUGCUCCAGUUCUCCCAGAUUUUUGAAGGGUGCUUUCUCCCAACUGCUGUUUUCAGAUCUCUCCACAAGUUUUCAAUGGGAUUUAGAUCUGGACUCAUUGCUAGCCACAUCAGAACAGUCCAGCGUUUUGUCUUGAACCAUUCCUGGGUGCUUUUUGAAGUGUGUUUGGGGUCAUUGUCCUGCUGGAAGGCCCAUGACCUUCGACUGAGGUGCAUUAUUUUAAAAAGUGCAAGGGUGCCAAUAUUUCUGGUUACUGGCGGACCUUCAGACGAGUCUUGUGAAGUCAGUGGGCCUCCUAGAGCAACACUGACAUGUACGUGUUCAUGAGAGUCUCACCUUUAUACAGAGGGAUCAUAUUAGUGUGUAGACCAAACUGUUCGGACACUACAGACAGAAGUUGGCAGAUUGGCUGUACCGACUUCAGACGAGUUCCCUUCAGACGCUUGUCGGGGUUGUAGAGCAAAACGGGGAACACCAUCGUGUUCGUGAGAGUCUCAUCUUUCCAUAGAGGGGUCAUAAUAGUUAAGACCAAUUUUCGGGAUGUCUCAUGGUCUGACAAACACCGCUCUGUCACCUUUCAUCGCAGAUGCGGAAGUGCGACAUGGUCGGAUGCGGUGCAAAAACAGACAUGUCUAGCUUAAACUGACAGGUUGUUAUAGGGAUUUUUUUAUGCUAAUUCGAUUAUCGAUUGCCUCCCUGUUGACAUGCAACAUCUUGCCUAGGGCUAGGCCAAGGAUUAGGGUUAAGGGUUAGAGUUAGAGUUAGGAUUAGGGUUAAAGGUUAGUGUUAGAGUUAGGGUUAGUGUUAAGACAUUACAUUACAUUUUUACAUUUAGCAGAUGCUCUUAUCCAGAGCGACUUACGGCUAGUGGAUAAUUAAAGUAGUUGAACAGUUUGCUGCUAGUCAGUUGAGCAUAUAUAAACCAUCUGUAGGGGACUAUCCAAACCAAUACAUAUUUUAUCCGUGGCAUUUGUUCUGUUUUUCCAUAAUGAUUCUGGUUUAUUUGAAGAGAGAGAAACAUUUUUCUGUUCUCUAAUUGGCUGGUGUGUCUGUCAGUCCCCAGUUUCAGCGCUCUGAUUGAUCAGGAGAGGCGUGAGGUGAGGCUGCGAGUCGACAAGGAAGAGGACAGCCCCUACCCACUGGAAAUGUGCAUACAACAUGAAGAUAACGGAGUGUGCAGGGUCCGUGUUGUACUUGGCUUUCUUUUUAACUCAGUUAAUAGGCAAUGAUUUUCUCAGACUUUCACCCUUCCCUCUUCAAUGAUAACAUGUUGUUUGUUGUCCUACAGCCCUGUAAGGAGAGGACGGUUCCACUGCACUCUGUCACCCCCUGCAUGUGCUUCCAGGUACUGAUCUUAUUUCCCCUUUUUCAUUACCAACCUGGAUUAGGCCUACAGUACUUUUGUCAGUAGUGCUGCUACUAGACACAUCCAACUCAGUGACAAGGUUAUACAUUUUGUGUUGCUCACUUGAAUUCUCUGUUUUUUGUGUGUUUUAAUAAUCGGUGUGUGUGUGUUAAUCAGUGUGUGCUAAUCGGGGUGUGUGUUUCAGGUGUGUGUUAAUCGGUGUGUGUGUGUUUCAGGUGUGUGUUAAUCAGUGUGUGCUAAUCGGUGUGUGUGUUUCAGGUGUGUGUUAAUCGGUGUGUGUUAAUUGGUGUGUGUGUAUUUCAGGUGUGGUGGGAUACAGGAGACGAGAGGUCUCGUCGAUCUAUGAGCUGUCCCUUUAGAAACCACACCGGUAAGAGAAGAACCAUGUAGCAUCCUUCUUGCUACACCUGUGUUACACUAUGACAGUAAUGAAUGUGGGCCAUGAUGUUGAUUCCCAUUGCAUCUGUAACUCCACUAUAAAGUACAGUAUCUUAUACCUGUAUCUCUCUCUUCCAGAGCUGUUGCAGAGGAACGUAUGGGAGAAUGUGUCAGUAUCUGUGGUGCAGGGCCAAAUGAACAGUGGUGGUGCCAUGUUAUCCUGGAACCUGACUGCCCCCUGUAGGAUGGAGGCUGAAGUGUGGCACUGCCAGAAAGAUGCAGGCUUGGACAAGGACAGGUGCACAGAGCUGGUUGCCUUUAGGCAGCGUCUGUCAGAUGACAUAUGGAGGGAAAACGACAGGGGACACUGGGUACGUAUAUCGAAGCAUUUGAUGGAUGCUUUUGAUCAUUUUGUCCCCUUUUUAUUGAUGCAUCUUUAGUGACCUUUUUGUCAUUGGGAUAUACUCUCAUCAUUUGUAGCAAUUGUUUGUUUAGUUUUUUACUUGUGGCUUUUUUAUGGUCUGGUGAGAUAUGAAUAAGACAUAUUUUGAUUGAAUGAUAGAUAUAUUUGUUUUAUGUUUAUGUUUCAGCUGAUGCCCGGUGUGUUUGUGGAUGUCAAACCUGGCCUUGAUCUCUGUGUGAUGGUAAGACACUUCUACUGGUUCACUCUCGUUGUUCCCCAGUAUUAAACUGGGAUCCUGUCGUAUCAUGAUGAGAGCUCAUCUUAUGGUAAAUGUGUGUGUGUGUGUUUGUGUUUGUUUGUGUCGUGUGUGUGUGUGUGUGUGUGUGUGUGUGUGUGUGUGUGUGUGUGUGUGUGUGUGUGUGUGUGUGUGUGUGUGUGUGUGGGGGGGGGGGGGGGGGGUCUCUGUCCCUCCAGGUGAAGGUUAAAGGGAAGCACAGUGAGCUUGGCCCCUUCUGUCCCAUUGACUGUGAGUAUUUUAGGAGAGGGCUGAAGUAUCAUUGUUGGGUGAUAGUCCCGUGUAGCUCAGUUGGUAGAGCAUGGCGUUUGCAACGCCAGGGUUGUGGGUUCGUUUCCCACGGCGGGCCAGUAUGAAAAAAAACAAAAAAAACAUGUAUGCACUCACUAACUGUAAGUCGAUCUGGAGAAGAGCGUCUGCUAAAUGACUAAAUUCUAUGAAAAUGGUGGCUUUCCUGUCCCCUGCCUUAACCACCAGGGAAAAACACCAAAACAAAUAAGAUAAUGACACAAAAUAUAUGUUUUUGUUUUAAUUGAAAUGUUUUAUUGUUAAUAAACAUAUGUAAGACAGUUAUAUUGCAAAUUAUAUUUUUCAUAUUAUCGUAGAACACGGUCAGCACCAUGAAAAUGGCUUGUCCUUCGAGUCAGGAGUCAUGGUCUAGUGACAUAUUUUGAGUCAAAAUAUAUUUUGUUCUCCAACUUUAAAUGCCAUAAUACAAAGUAAAGUAUUAUAGCUCUUUAGGGAAUUAAUUAAAAAGCUAAAAUAUCAACUAAAUAUUAUAAUUACUUUACAGGGAAUAGCUGUCCCUCAAUUUCAUGUCACUGGUGUUACCCUUUUUCAAAACACUUUGAAAAAAUUCAACAUCCUGCCAACUUCUUCCUGGGUCAAAGGUUAAUUGCAGGUGGGGCUGUUUUAAAGAGCACAUGGUGAUUCUGCACUCUCUCUUCAUAUGUUAGCAAUUUGAUGAUUCAUUUGGUAAUUUAAUGCGAAGCUUUAAAAGGCUUCACUGGUGUUAUGCAGUUUAUAGUAUGGGGACAGGAAAUAUGAUUGAAAUAAUUGAUCCAAUCACAUUUUUAAGUGAUUUAUUUACAAUUUAAGAAGUGUGGUUUGAGCUACUGUGGCCCCCAUUUUAGAUAUGCCAUCUUGUCAGCAGAUUCGUCACUGGUGUUACGUCACUGGUGUUCCUGUUCCUGCUGGUAACACCAGUGACAUGACAGUAACACCAGUCACAAUCAAUAACACUGCUAACUUUUUAUAUCAAUGUAAGGUUUUAUACUGUUUCAAUAUUGUAAUUUGUAACAUAAUGUCUUUCCUUUUGAUAAAUAUGGCAAAUUAAAAAGUAAGUGCUGCUGAAAAGCAAAGACUACGACAGCGCAGGGAUGCUGACCCAGACAGCAGAGCAGCUUACCUUGAAAAAAAACCGACUUACUUAUUUAAAGGAUUUAGAGAGUCAAAAAAGAAAGAGAGUGAAUAAUCUCACAGAAAGAGGAAAAAGUAGCGAAAGCAAUGUCGGGUCAGACAGAAAAACAGAGAGAUGUUGAGAGCAGGAGAGACAGUGUUGAUCCCUUCUUCUGCAGGGAGAGACCCUUUUUGGGGUUGACACCACAGGAGAGCGACCGAGAAACUUGCCAGUGCAAGACUGUUGAGAACUCACAGUCCAGCAACCUGGAGGAGAUUGCAGAUAGCACAGUUUGUAACAAUUCAAAGGCAUGCGCCUAUGGCGAAUGCCAAGAAUGUGAACACUCCACUGCACUAACUGCUAGACAGCAAUCCAACGAAGAGGUGUCGCUCACCCAGUGGUGUCUGGAGAAGAUAGAGCACAACAGAGCAAAUGAAGAAUAAGAGAAAAGUAGCUUCAUCACUGUGAAGAAGGAUAUAGCCAUAACCGAGGAAGAGCUGGUGACCCAGUUCCAGGAUAGGCUCUUUAAAUUUAGGAGACAUCUGUUCAACAUCCAAUGGCAGUACCACAGCUACCGGACCUUGAGAGAGAACCUGACCAAUGACUGCCUGAUCCAUAUAGAUUUUAGUGAAAACUUCACAUACAAGCAUGCUUCAGAGAACCAGUCAGUUCACUUCGGGGGUUCACACAAGCAGGCGACGAUCCACACUGGUGUCUUCUAUGUGGCAGAGGAGGCCCCUAUCUCCUUCUGCACCAUCUCACCCAGCAGAAGUCAUGACCCAGCAGCCAUAUGGGCUCACCUGGACCCCGUCCUGGACAUGAUAAAGCAGCAGUACCCUACCGUGCAAAGCUUUCACUUCUUCAGUGAUGGCCCUGCCACCCAAUAUAAACAGAAGGGCAACUUCUAUAUGUUUGGCACUGAACCUUUCAAGAAGGGCUUCCAGGGGAGUACGUGGGACUUUUUUGAGGCCAGUGAAGGAAAGGGUGCUCCGGAUCGAGUGGGGGGUUCACUAAAGAGGUCAGCUGACCUCUUGGUCCACCACAGGAAAGACAUAACGGAUGCCUUUCUAUCAGAAGGUAAGGGACUCUGGCACUCACCUCCACAUCAAACAGAUGUCAUCGACCCAGAUACCUCAACUCCACUUCGUCUAGAUGUCAUCAAGGCUCACCACACUGGAUAGUGGUGCAUUGUGAACUACGAUGAACAACCAUACCCUGGCGUUAUACUGGAGGUCGAAGAACACAACGUUAAAGUUAAGCGCAUGCACAGGAAUGGAGUCAACAAGUUCUUCUGGCCAAGCCCAAGAGAUGAUAUCCCGAGUGGUGCAGUGGUCUAAGGCACUGCAUCGCAGUGCUAGCUGUGCCACUAGAGAUCCUGGUUCGAAUCCAGGCUCUGUCGUAGCCGACCGGGAGACCCAUGGGGCGGCGCACAAUUGGCCCAGCGUUGUCCAGGGUAGGGGAGGGAAUGGCCGGCAGGGAUGUAGCUCAGUUGGUAGAGCAUGAGCGUUUGCAACGCCAGGGUUGUGGGUUUGAUUCCCACGGGGGGCCAGUAUGAAAAAUUUAAAAAAUAAUAUAUGCACUCACUUAACUGUAAGUCGCUCUGGAUAAGAGCGUCUGCUAAAUGAUUAAAAUGUAAAUGUAAAAUGAUAUCAACUGGUAUGGGGAUGACCAGAUUGUGUGUCUGAUGCCAAAGCCGCUGCCAGUGAACAAAAGAUCAGCUCAGAUUGACCACAGUAUCUGGAAGUACUUGGAGGAGCACCUGAACGUGUGAAAGUGGCAGAUGUGAACUGGCCACAAGAGAAGAAGCCGUCAGUGGCUAGAAAUCAAUGGAGACUGGCUCGGAGAUGAUAACAGAUGGACGUGACACGAUAACAUGACAAAGAGAAACAUAUGGACAAACUUUUCUGAAGACAAACACAUCUCAAGUAAAAGUGAAGUUAGUAUGGGAAAUAAUGAGAACAGGAAAUAGGCCUACUCCAUGAACAUGUUUUACUGCAUACAAUAUGUUUAUAUCAGUGCUUUUGGGAAACGUUAGUCUUAGUUUACAUUCAAUGUUGUGUUUCUAUUGUUCUUGUGUUUCUAUAGUUCUAAUAGACAAGUUUUAUGCUUGUACGACAAUGUUGUGUUAGGAAAGACAUUUUAGUCAAUAGGCUUUUGGUCUUAAUCUUUGACCAAUAACCUUCAUUUUAUUGUUCAUAUGAAAUCAACACAUGUUACAAAAUGAUUUGUAAAAAAAUAUUACUAAAUUGAUCAAAUUUGUAUGAAAUAAUCAUAUGUUAUGUCAUUGGUUUCACAUUGUUUCACUGAUGUUAUGUCGCGUCACUGGUGUUACUGCAUGGCAUAUUGGUGUUUUGGCAUCCGAGUUGCCCAUCUUUAUAGAAUAUGUUUAUUUGUAUCUACCCAACUGCUGCUGCAUUCAUUAGUAAGCAUUUUAAGAAUAUGAUAAACCAAUUCUGAUGACUCAACCUCAAUCAUUUCUGAUGUUACAACACAAAAGACGUGGUAUAAUUAUUUUUUUGCACAAUAGAACUUUACACAUCCCAUUUUAUAGUAAAUUAUUACUCGUUUUUUGAAAAAUCUUCAUAUUAGCAUUAACCUUCUCUGUCUUUGAUUAUAUAUGCAAAUUGCUUUGUGAAAUUACAUUCAGGAAAGCCUGAAUUGUCAUCUAAAAUAAAGUCACAAAAAGACUGCACUUUCUAAAAAUAGAUUAAGCUGGCUUUUAUGUUGAUUUAUAAUGGUAAACGGUUAACUAUUAUCUGACUGUAAUUUUUUGGUUAAAAACAAAGUUGUUUUUAUUUUUUAUGUUGGCUCUUCAAGAUCCACCAUUUCCGUAGAAUCACCCUGUUAUCAAAGUUGAUAUGGAUCCUACUAAAAUUAAUACAAGUACCAUUUCCUGACCACUUCUCAGAUUUUUGGUGUGUUAAAAGAUGGCUGUUAUGUUCAAAUCUGAUUUAUCAAUAAAGUAUGUAUUUGCAUGCUCAGUAAAACAAACGUUCACAGUAGGGAAGCUAGUAAGAAAUUCUAGGAGGAUUGGAAAAUAAUCAUAUAUGUACUUCUCCCUCUCAGCCAGUUGGUGGCACUGGCGCUGGAGUCUGUUGGUCCUGGUCUCCCUUAUGCUGGCUGUCCUAGCAGCAAUUUGUCUAUAUUUCCUGCAUGGAAAACUGAAACGUGAGUCACUCUGGUCCUUCUCCCCGACUACACACAUGCAAAGGCACUGUGUGUAGAGACAAAAAGAGUCCAAAAGUGUUAAACUUGUGUUAGGUUUGUGUUGUGUUACACUGUGGUGAAGUGAGUGCUAGGCUCUUCUCACCACGGAUGUACUCUCUGCCUCCCACUAAAUAAUUCUUAAUAGAGAGAGAGAGGAGGAGUUUUAAAUGAGAUCAAAAUGUAGAGAAAGAGGGCUUGCACUGCAUAGAGGCGUCACUACAGACCUGCGUUUGAUACCGGGCUGUAUCACAACCGGCUGUGGGGAGUCCCAUGAGGUGGUGCACAAUUGGCCCAGUGUUGUCUGGGUUAGGGGAGGGUUUGGCCGGGGGGGCUUUACUUGGUGCGGCUGUCUUCCGGGUUAAGUGGGUGGGUGUUAAGAAGCGCGGUUAGGCGGUCAUGUUUCGGAGGACACGUGACUUGACCUUUUCCUCCGGUUGGGGAGUUGCAGUGAUGAGACAAGAUCGAAAUUGGGGAGAAAGAGGUAAAAUACAACAAAACACAUUUUUGAAGAAUUAAUAUAUUUCCUAUACUACGUGUAUUCCUCAGUGUCCCAGAUUCACACUCCUCUCAAUAGCUCUAUUCAUGUGUCUCUCUGACUGACUUGUGGGUGUUUACUACAGUUAGGAAUUUGGGGGGUGGACAAUGGCCCAAGGCUUUUUGUAAAGGACCAAAAACUCAUGAAAUGACACAGGAGACUCUGUGUUACAGAACCAUAUCAGUGUGUUUCACAUCACAUUUCUGUCUCUCCAACAGGGUGGGCAUGGGAAUGGCACCAGAAGGAGUGUGGUCGAAGUAAGCAGGUUUCUCAUACUCCAAAUGUACAAUAUGAAAAUAAAGAAGAUACAUAUUCAUCUAGCAAUAAUCAUUGAAAAACAAUGGAAAAUUAAUGUCACUAAAUCCCCCUGCCCUUUGCCUCCCUCCCUCAUUCCCUCCUUCAUUUCUUAUUUCUGUCCCUCCCCUCCCUCCCUCCCUCCCUCCCUCCCUCCCUCCCUCCCUCCCUCCCUCCCUCCCUCCCUCCCUCCCUCCCUCCUUCCUUCCUUCCUUCCUUCCUUCCUUCCUUCCUUCCUUCCUUCCUUCCUUCCUUCCUUCCUUCCUUCCUUCCUUCCUCCCUCCCUCCCUCCCUCCUUCCUUCCUUCCUUCCUUCCUUCUUCCUUCCUUCCUUCCUUCCUUCCUUCCUUCCGCCCCUCACUCCUUCCUUCCCUCCCUCCCUCCCUCCCUCCCUUCCUCCUCUUUCCCUCCUUUCCUUCCCUUCUCUCCUUCCCCUCCUUCCUUCCUCCCUUCCCUCCCUCCCCUCCCUCCCUUCCCCUCCCCUCCUUCCUUCCUUCCUUCCUUCCUUCCUCCCCUCUUCCCUCCCUCCUUCCUUCCUUCCUUCCUUCCUUCCUUCCUUCCUUCCUUCCUUCCUUCCUUCCUUCCUUCCUUCCUUCCUUCCUUCCUUCCUUCCUUCCUUCCCUCCCUCCCUCCCUUCCCUCCCUCCUUCCUUAUCUCCCCCCCUCUGUAGUAGCCAACAGGGGACACAUAGUGCUGCUGAGCCCGCCGGACGUGGAUGGCUCUGUGUCAGAGCUGGUGUGUGAGCUCGGUUCCUCUCUGUGUUCCCAGGGCCUCAGUGUCUCUGUGGACCUGUGGAGUCGGGCUGAGCUGUGCUCUCUGGGGCCCCUGCCCUGGCUGCACUCCCAGCUGCAGCCCCUGGAUAGCCAAGGGGGCCGGGCAAUACUGGUACUGACACAGGCAGCCUGGGAGAGGACAGAGGACUGGGUUCGACAGUGGGACCAGCAGGGCCAACAGGGAAAGGACAUAGUCCAGGGAGUGGAGAAGGAGGAGGGGGGUGAGGAGGUGGAGGGGGAGGGGGAGAAUAAGGGGCUUCUCCAGGGCUUGUCCUCCCCGUAUGCAGACGUGUUCAGUGCCGCUCUGAGCUGCAUCAAGGCGGACCACAAACUAGGUUGUGCUAGAGAACGCUUCCUCCUGGUCCACUUUGAGGCCCAUUCUGCCAAGCCCCCCAGCAGUGAGAGAGGUCUCCCAGAGCUGUUCCAAGAGCUGCCCAUGUUCCACCUGCCCUCCCAGAGCCAGGGGCUCCUUGCUGAGCUGGCCAUGGGGCCCACAGGGCCUGGGGCUGGUAUAGGUGGACAUAGGGGCUGA